AUGAUGCUACGAUUUUCGUUGGUAACUUCGAUAGUUUCUGCGGCACCAACCACAGUUAUCAGCAGCACGACAAGCUCUCGGGUUCUGACAACAAAGACAUGCACAACGUCAAUAGCCCCGCCGAAUAGCGCAGGAACUGUGGAAAUGGCGGGUGUUAACUUGUCCGGAUUUGAUUGGGGAUGUGGUACAGAUUACAAGGGAUCAUGCGACAUCACGAUUACUCAAUCACCGAUGAAACCCAAUUUCGAUGCUGGAGGACAAAUGAUUCAUUUCGUCAAUGAUGACGGCUAUAGGGUUUUCCGUCUUCCAGUUGGAUGGCAGUGGCUUAUCAAUAGUGCUGGAACCGCAAGUGGUGUGUUGAAUGCAGCAAAUACUGCCUUGUAUGAUCAGUUCGUUCAAGCAUGUCUUGCAACUGGUGCCUCGUGCAUCAUUGAUAUCCACAAUUAUGGAAGAUUUGAUGGAGAGAUUAUUGGACAAGGAGGACCUUCCAAUGCUAUCUUUGCUCAGUUGUGGGGUAAUAUUGCAGCGAAAUAUGCUAGCCAACCAAAAGACGUACACGCCGCAUUUGAUUGUGACAUUGCUAAUCCAACGACAGUAAACAUUACACUAUGGGCGCAAACAGUCCAAACUGCUGUCACUCGCACAGCAGGUGCAUCGAACAUGAUUCUCCUACCCGGUACUGACUGGCUUGCUGUCUGGGCUUUCGUAGGAGACUCGGCAGCAGCACUCUCUACUGAAAAAACUCAAGUCACAAAUCCUGAUGGUUCCUACACCAACCUCGUUUUCGAUGUUCACCAAUACCUCGAUGACGGUACUGGAUCGCAUCCAGACUGUACCACAGAUGCUAUAUCAUGGGGCUUCGAGCCAUUGGCACAAUGGCUUAGAUGCAAUGGACGACAAGCCUUCUUGACCGAAACGGGUGGUGGAAAUACAGCAAGUUGCGUGGAAUAUAUGUGCAACGUCGUCCCAUUUUUGAACGCAAAUUCGGAUGUGUAUGUUGGGUAUGUUGGUUGGGCUGCUGGUGGAAUGGCUCAGGAUUACGUUCUCAGCGAGACACCUAAUCUUCUUCCAAACGGAACGUGGGUGGAUCAGCUUUUGGUUUCGUCGUGCAUGGCACGAAAGGGAUAG